AUGCUGGAAUAUGAAAAAAGUGGAGAAAUAAAGACCAAAUCCAUAGACUUGCUUGAUCUCAGUCCUAGUACUGAUGUCAGGGCCUUAGUGGACGAGAUCCGGAGAGCAGAACCUCUGAUAACAGCUUCCCGUGCUGACCAAGUCAAACUUCUAAUACAGAGGCUGCAAGAUAAGCUGGAGCAACACAAGGACCACAAGUUCUAUCUGUUUAAGGUCCUGAGAGCGCAUAUACUGCCGUUGACUAAUGUUGCCCUUAACAAGUCAGGCUCGUGCUUUAUCACAGGCAGCUAUGACUGGACGUGCAAACUCUGGGAUACCGCCUCCGGAGAGGAGCUGCACACGCUGGAGGGCCACCGGAACGUGGUCUACGCCAUCGCCUUCAACAAUCCUUACGGUGACAAAAUUGCCACUGGUUCCUUCGAUAAGACAUGUAAACUAUGGAGUGUAGAGACAGGAAAAUGUUACCAUACCUUUCGGGGCCAUACAGCAGAAAUAGUGUGUUUAUCAUUUAACCCCCAAAGCACACUGGUGGCUACAGGAAGUAUGGACACAACAGCCAAACUGUGGGAUGUUCAGAGUGGAGAAGAAGUGUUCAGUUUAACGGGACAUUUAGCUGAAAUCAUUUCCUUGUCCUUCAACACAGAAGGAAAUAAAAUCAUCACGGGCUCAUUUGAUCACACAGUUUCAGUGUGGGAUGCUGCAACUGGGAGGAAGGUGUAUACCUUGAUUGGUCAUCGUGCUGAGAUCAGCAGUGCAUUAUUCAACUGGGACUGCUCCCUGAUAUUAACUGGCUCGAUGGACAAAACCUGCAUGCUAUGGGAUGCUACAAAUGGAAAAUGUGUGGCAACCUUAACAGGCCACGAUGAUGAAAUAUUAGAUAGCUGUUUUGAUUUCACUGGAAAACUUAUUGCAACUGCUUCAGCUGAUGGUAGGUAA